AUGUCAACGGGAGUAUUGCAAUUCGUAAAAGGAAUCGAUUUUUCGAGAAAUGAUUUCUCGGGCGAUCGAUUCCCACAUGAUGUUGAGCAAAUGGUACAAAUGACAUGGCUCAAAUUGAACAAGUCGAAGCUGGAACAGGUGCCAGAUGAAUUAUCGCGAUGCAACAAUCUGGAGCAUCUUCAAAUGGCUCACAAUCAGCUCACUUCUGUGCAUGGAGAGCUGUCCGACUUGCCGAGACUCAGAUCAGUUAUAGUUAGAGAUAAUAAUCUGAAAACUGCUGGAAUUCCCACCGACAUUUUUCGGAUGAAAGAUCUGACAAUCAUUGAUUUGUCACGGAAUCAGCUUCGCGAAGUUCCUUCGAACUUGGAAUAUGCGAAAGGAGCGAUUGUUCUAAAUCUUAGUCACAAUAAUAUUGAAACAAUUCCGAAUGCGGUUUGCGCAAAUCUCAUUGAUUUAUUGUUUCUCGACUUAUCCAACAAUAAAUUGGAUAUGCUUCCACCGCAGAUUCGCCGGCUCACUAUGCUCCAAUCGCUCAAUUUGUCCAAUAAUCCGCUGUCUCAUUUUCAAUUGAAACAAUUGCCGAGCAUGGCCUCAUUAAAUGUUCUCCAUAUGAGCAACACAAAUCGAACUCUCGACAACAUUCCACCGUCAUUGGACGAUUUGCACAAUUUGCGUGAUGUCGACUUUUCCGAGAAUUCUUUGCCAGCUGUCCCAGAUGCUUUGUUUAAAAUGAGAAAUUUGCGAAAGCUGAAUUUGGCGGGAAACAAGAUUGACAAUUUGAAAAUGACCGAAGGCGAUUGGGAGCAUCUGGAAACGCUGAAUGUCUCGAAUAAUUGUUUGACAGCAUUGCCAGACUGUAUAGUGAAAUUGGCGAGACUUUCGAAGUUGUACGCUUCUGGAAAUAUGCUCAAAUUUGAGGGCAUUCCGUCAGGAAUUGGCAAAAUGAUCCAACUGACCGUUCUCCAUCUCUCUUAUAACAAACUGGAGCUCGUGCCGGAAGGUAUCUCGCGUUGCGUGAAACUCCAACGCCUUCGACUUGAUCAUAAUCGACUUAUUACUCUACCGGAAGGCAUUCACUUGUUGCCGGACCUCAAACAACUUGAUCUUCAUGACAACGAGAAUUUGGUGAUGCCGCCGAAGCCGAACGACGCGCGCAAAAAAUUAGCAUUCUACAAUAUCGAUUUUUCGCUCGAACAUCAGAGAAAAAUCGCUGGCCAGAUGGCGAGCCCGUCGUCGUCGGUAUCGUCGGUGCAUUCGGGUGGUGCUCGACAAGAUGCUCUAGCUCGGCGGAAAGAGUUUAUACGGCGAAGGAAGCAGCAGGCUGAUCAGCAGGGAGCCGACAAAGUAAUACAGGGAAUGUCGAAAAUUGCCGGAAUUGGUGCCGCUCUCAAAGAGAAACAGGACGAGGAGGAGGAGCGGCAAAUUGAGGCGCGAAGUGCCGUCAAUUGGAAGAAAAAUCUUGAAAAACAACGCAAAAAUAUUGAUUAUAGCGAUAUUUUUGAUGAUGAUGUUGGCGAGAGCGAGGGAAUGUGGGUUUGGGAAAUUGAGAAUUUCUAUCCAUCGAUUAUGGACGAAGCUUUUCAUGGCCAAUUUUAUGAUGCUGAUUGCUAUUUGGUGCUCAAAACCGUCAGAGAAAUUUCUGGACAAUUGCGACAUGAGAUUUACUACUGGCUUGGCGAGAACGCGUCGCUUGACAAGGGCAUGUGCGCUGCUGUGCAUGCUGUUGGUCUUCGAAACCAUUUGAAUGCAUCGUGUCGAACACUCCGCGAAGAAAUGAACGAUGAAUCCGAGGAGUUCCUCUCGUUGUUUGGCGAGGAGAUUGUGUACAUUGAAGGCGCACGAACGUUGACUGGAUUCUUCAAGACUGAAACACCGCCGCAUGUGACACGAUUGUAUCGUGCCAGUGUCAUCGGAACGUCGGUCGAUAUGGAGCCGGUGCCAUUGAACGUCGAAUCUUUGGAUCCGCGCUAUUGCUUCUUGCUCGAUGCCGGCGAAACUAUGUGGAUUUGGAGCGGCUACAAGUCAAGAAUUACUAUAGCGAAUAAAGCGCGGUUAUUUGCUGAGCGGCUCAACAAACGGGACAGGAAAGGGAAAAGCGAGAUUGAGACGUGCCGUCAAGUGCGAACGCCUCCGGAAUUCUGGAAGGCGUUGACGGGUUCCGAAACGCCGCCAGAUGUCAAGAUAAUUGAGCAUGUUCCGGAAUCAUUUGUGGCGGAAAGGAAACGAUUAUAUAGGGUGAAUAUUGGAAUGGGAUUUUUGGAGUUGCCGCAAAUCGAACUGGCCAAGGGAAUUGCGAAACAGGAAAUGCUCCACACGAAAUGCGUUUAUAUUCUCGACACUGGAUCGGAUAUUUUCCUGUGGACCGGCAAAAAAGCGAAUCGGCUGCUGAAAAUGGCGGGACAAAAAAUGAUCACCGAAUUGUACAAUAUGAUUGUGCGGCCCGAUUAUUCGCAAAUUUACAAGGAAACUGAAGGCGAAGAAUCGAUGAUGUUCCGUUCAAAAUUUGCCGGAUGGGACGAGAUAGUUCCAGUGGAUUUCACAAGAACCAGCGAAUCGGUUCAACGUGUUCCGGAUUUGAAGGUAAUCGUCAAACAGGAUAAUAUGAUGAAGACAGAUUUGGCCGCUUUGUUCCUUGAAAGGCAACCAGCGAUGUCCUAUGAGGAGAGCGAAGAGUUGAUGCUCGAUUGCAACGAUGAUCUCGAGCUGAUGGAGAGUUUUGUGCUGGAAGGACGAAAGUUUGGAAAAUUGCCGACGGAAGAAUUUGGAAUAUUCUACACGAUGGACUGCUAUGUGUUCCUUUGUCGUUAUGCGGUACUGCCCGAGGAAGAUGAGGAGGAUGAAGGGGAUGAAAAGGGAGAUGAUAAGGUGGACUUCAAGUGUGUCGUCUAUUUCUGGCAAGGACGCGAUGCUUCCAAUAUGGGAUGGCUGAAUUUCACUUUCCAAUUGCAGCCGAACUUUGAGGACAUUUUCAAGGAUAAACUCGAGGUUGUCCGAAUGUAUCAGCAGCAAGAGAAUCACAAGUUCUUGUCGCAUUUCAAACGGAAAUUUUUGAUCAAGCGUGGCCGUCGCGGAUUGACGAAGAAUCUUGGAGGACGAUGGCCAGAACUCUAUCAGAUGAGAGCCAAUGGAUCCAGUGUGUGCAAUCGGACGAUCCAAGUGGAUUGCCAAGCGAAACAACUCUGUUCGGCAUUCUGUCAUAUUCUUCGUAUUCCAUACAAGGAAUACAAAGAAGAUGGACCGCGCGGAAUUGUUUACGUUUGGCUUGGCAAUCAGACGGAUCCGAGAGACCAUAAUACAGCUAGGGAAGUCGCUUCGGAUCUUGUUAUGCGCGAUUACGCCGAUAACUUUGAAGUUGUCAGUGUGCACGAGGGGCAGGAGAAUGACGAAUUUUGGACGGCGCUUGGUGGAAAGAAGAAGUAUGAGACUGACGGCAGUUUUGUGCAUUUUACACGAUUGUUUCGAUGCACGAACGAGAAGGGAUAUUUUGCGGUCUCGGAGAAGACUGUCGAUUUUUGCCAAGACGAUUUGGAUGAUGAUGAUAUUAUGAUACUUGACAAUGGCGAGGCGAUAUUCCUUUGGAUUGGCGCGAGAUCGUCGGAGAUUGAAGCCAAAUUGGCUUAUAAAGCGGCAACGGUCUACCAGGCUCAUAUGAAAAUGAAGCAGCCCGAUCGUCCGCGUAAACUUCUUCUCUCCAUGCGCGGACGCGAGAGUCAACGAUUCCGCAAAUGUUUCCACGCGUGGGGCAAAAUAAAAGAAGCGAUAGGAAACUGA